UUGGCGCAGGCUUCACUCACCCGGGAGUUCUCCAAAUUCGCGCUGUGGAGUGUGCCCAAACUCCGCCAAUCCACCCACCAGCAUCCUGAGGAAGGGAUGGUGCAGCCUCCCAGCUCAGGCAUCCACUCCCCAGCUUGUUUCUGGGGACAGGGGCGGGGUCCACCACUGCGCGUGAUGUUGAAUGCCCGGCCCCAGCCCCUCCUCUGGGAGGAGCUUCCUCAUCACCGCCAGACUUAAGUCCCUGUCUCCAGUCUCAGGCCAGUUUCUUGCUGCCCACCAAUCCCGGAAGCUGAGGCCCAUUGGGUCGCUAGCAGGGCACAGGACUGAGCUGAAAAGCCAUACAUCCCUGUUAACGUCCUGUGCUCGUGCCGAGGGGACAAUGGCGGCUUCCUGUAUCCUCCUGCACACUGGACAGAAGAUGCCCCUGAUUGGACUGGGCACCUGGAAGAGUGAGCCUGGCCAGGUAAAAGCAGUUAUUAAGUAUGCCUUGAGUAUAGGCUACCGCCACAUUGACUGUGCUGCUAUCUACGGCAACGAGACUGAGAUUGGGGAGGCCCUGAAGGAGAAUGUGGGACCUGGCAAGUUGGUGCCUCGGGAGGAGCUGUUUGUGACUUCCAAGCUGUGGAACACGAAGCACCACCCCGAGGAUGUGGAGCCUGCCCUCCGGAAGACACUCGCUGACCUCCAGCUGGAGUAUUUGGACCUGUACCUGAUGCACUGGCCUUAUGCCUUUGAGCGGGGAGACAACCCCUUUCCUAAGAAUGCUGAUGGGACUAUACGCUAUGACUCCACCCACUACAAGGAGACCUGGAAGGCUCUGGAGGCACUGGUGGCUAAGGGGCUGGUGCGGGCACUGGGCCUGUCCAACUUCAGCAGUCGGCAGAUCGAUGAUGUGCUCAGUGUGGCCUCUGUGCGCCCAGCUGUCCUGCAGGUGGAAUGCCACCCAUACCUGGCUCAGAAUGAGCUGAUUGCCCACUGCCAAGCACGCGGCCUGGAGGUGACUGCUUAUAGCCCUCUGGGCUCCUCUGAUCGUGCUUGGCGUGAUCCUGCUGAGCCUGUCCUGCUUGAGGAGCCAGUGGUCCUGGCACUGGCUGAAGAGCAUGGCCGCUCUCCAGCUCAGAUCUUGCUCAGGUGGCAGGUCCAGCGGAAAGUGAGCUGCAUCCCCAAGAGUGUCACACCUUCCCAUAUCCUUCAGAACAUCCAGGUGUUUGACUUCACUUUUAGCCUGGAGGAGAUGAAGCAGCUGGAUGCCCUGAAUAAAAAUUUGCGAUUCAUCGUGCCCAUGCUUAUGGUGGAUGGGAAGAGGGUCCCAAGAGAUGCAGGUCACCCUCUGUACCCCUUCAAUGACCCAUAUUGAGACCACAGCUUCCUGGCUUCCUUUUCAUCUCUCCAGCUAUAACAUCCUGCCAUCCCCAGAAAGAAUGAGUUAAUAAAGCCAUUGGAGUAUCCAUCCAUGA